AUAAAAUGGCCGAUGAAAAUCCAGAUGAUAAUAAUUUUGAAUUCAUCAAAUUCCUUCCUGAAGGUGAUCAAAAGACCAAGUCUUCUAGAGAUUAUACUGGUAAAGGAUAAGCCAAAUAUGCCAAUAAUGAAAUCUAUGAAGGUGAUUAUGUUGAUGGAGUAACUGUUUCAAAUCUAAUUCUUAGAAAAGAAAUGGUAAAGGCAAAUAUAAUUAUGCCAAUGGUGAUGUAUAUUUUGGAGAUUUCAUCAAUAAUGCUAAACAUGGAAUUGGUAAAUUAACAUACAAAGAAAAGGGAGACUAUUUCGGUUUCACUCUCAUUUAUUAUUUUAGGUUAAUGGGAAAAUGGUAAGAGACAUGGAGAAGGAAUUUUCACUUAUCCAAACAAAGACUAAUAUAGUGGUUGGUGGGCAUUUGGUAAAAAAGAAGGCAAUGGAACAUAUAUUUAUAAUGAUACUGGAAUGAGAGUAAUUUCUUAAUAUCUAUAAUUACAUAGUUAGUUGGUUAAUGGAAAGAAAACAAAUUUGUAUCUGGAAGAUGGAUUCUACCUAAUGGUACAUAUUAUGAUGGAGAAUUUGAUAAUAAUAAACCUAACAAGACUGGAAUCUGGUACUUUAAGAAUGGUAAUAAAAUAUAAGGAACAUACAAUCAAAAAAUAAUUCCAAAUGAUGAUCCUGAUGAUAAGAAACUUAAUAUAGAAAUGAAAUGGGCAUCUAAUGGAUAUUUAUAUUAAAACGCAGAUUUAGUGAAUGCACAUGAAAAAUUCUGAAUUAUCAUAUUAAUAUAGGAG